UGAACAGGCCACUUGUCUGCCCAGCUGGCAGCCUGACCAGAGCCUGCGCCGGCCCCCGUGGAGCCCCUGUGCGCUGAGGGUCUGCCAGGCCUAGGGGAGCUGAGCAGGAGUGACGGGGUCCUGAGAAGUAAUGGCCACAGACACCUCUAUGAACAUAGCUGCCCCCGACCGCAGCCCUGGCCUUGGCAGCGCAGCCGACAGCUUCACUUGGAAGCCAGACGCGCCAAACAUGCACGUCAUCAGGCCCAAGUCCGCCAAGGGGCGAACCCGGCCACGUCUGCACAGAGCCCAGGGUGCGGGGGUGUGCUCCACACGGGUGCCGGCCUCCCCACCCUCGGCCCCGCCCCGAGAGUCCUCAGGCAGCUGGACGUCUGGGGCCUGCACACCCAGCUCUCCUCCCCGGGGCAUCCCCCACGACGUCCCUGGGCUGCAGGUGCCCACCGUGGGAAGCUGCUGUUCCCUCAACAGGUACCCUGUCCUGCCGUCCAUCCACAGGAAGGCCCUGGAGGAGGGGACCGUGGAAACAGCGGUCAGAAGGGCCGGCUCACUGCGACCGGGCAGCGUGCAGGGGCAGGCUCUCUGCCAAGAGGAGACAGGCACCACUGAGAAGAUGGGUGGCAGGGACCCAGGGGCUGCGGGAGGCUGUUCCCCAGGGGGGAGGAACCCCAGUGCCCCGAGACAGAGCUGCUGGGGGGCCGGAGAGCUGGAGGAGCCAUCAGAGCAAGAGCCCAGACUGCUGCUUGCUGUGCGAUCACCGUCCGGUAGGAGGUUCGUCCGCCAUUUCCGGCCAACGGAUACCCUCCAGACCGUGGUGGCUGUCGCGGAAUUCAAGAACAAGACCAGCUACCUGCACUGCAGCCUGCAGACCAUGGAGGUGCCCAGGAGGUGUUUCUCGGACCUCACCAGAUCCCUGCAGGAGUGUGGCAUCCCCCACAAGUCUGUGCUGGGCAUCUCUGGCCACCACGGGGAGGGGUGGCCCUGAGUCCUGCUCAGGCAUCGGCUGGGGACCUGGGUCUCUGAGCAAGGAGUGGGCAUGGGUGCCCCGGCCUCCCUGUGGCCGGUGGGUCCCACCUGCUGAGCGCGCCGGCCGUGGCUCUGACUCCUCACGGGGCUCACCGGGUCUCCUCACGAGCGAGCUAGUGAAGAAGCUUCUGUCCCCCUGUUCACUCAUCUCCAUCACUGGAGUGAACCAGCAGCCCCACCCAGAUGGCUCCUGCAGCAGCUGUGACUAGGCCUUCCCCUCUCCAGAGUUAGGGACCCCCGCCCGGAGAACCUGCUUUUCUGCAUGAGCUCUCCCUCACUCUUCCCGAAGCCGGUAGCUUGCCUUUCUGGACUUGACCAGGAGGCAGUGCUUCCCGGAGAGGACUCCCGCCUGGUGCACAGCCCGCGGCUCAGGAAACACCCAGCAGGCACCUGCACAUCUGGCCUGGGACUCUGAGAAUCUGACCCCGGCCCUGCAGGCUUCCUUUGGCCGGGUCUGGUAGCCGCAGGGUUGCUGGGCUCUUUCUCUCUUUGUAUGAGGUGGCCUGAGAGGCAGGAACGAACGGGCCUCAACUGCUACAAAGCCCUGGGGGAGUCAACAUUUCCCAGAUAGCCUCAAAGAUGGUUAGCAGAUCGCUCCUACAACUUUCAAUAGACACUGACCAAGUUUC